AGGACUUGCCCUUGUGCGAAUCCUUGAUUUUACUGCAUUCUGACAAUAACUAAUCCUUCUACUUGUACUUACACACGUUGUAGCACACUAAAAUACAAAGAAUUUUCGGCCACAUCAACGACUCACGCACUUUUCUCGAGAACACAUCAAAAGGUCGCUUUUUAACACGACGAAUUCGGGAUGCAAGUACUCGCAUAAACAUACUGUUUUACACUAUUUUUUUUACGCCUACCGCUUUGAAAAUUGUAAUUUUACAACAUUUGCAACAACACCACUAUCGAUUUUUCCAAGCCUAUUUUCAAUCAUUUUCUCCAACCUUUUUCUUAUUUCAAUAAGACUCUUUUCCUCGCCAACUGUUUCUGAUUAUUUUUCCCUUGUGUCAAGUUACACCAUGAAACAGACAUCAAAGUCUUUCCGGCUGCGCAUGCGCACGCUCGUGGCUGGUAUCGUUCUUCUGCACGAGGCGCGGACGGGCGCAGCGCGCGACUUUCUGGAGAAACGAAAGCCUCAGAAGCAGCACGUUUCGCCAGAUGAGGACUCGGGUCCGUCGCCGACACCGGGAUCGUUCUCGUCGUGGUUGUCGAAGCGAGGCAUCAGCUACGCCACUUUGAUGGGCCACGGCAGCGACGGCUUCCUUGCUCGCACCAAGAAGUGGGGGGAAGAAGUCAACAAACCUCGCCUACAGGAGGCGGCAAAAACCACGGCUACCGCCGCUGGUGGCGGGGAUCCGGCGCCGCUCGAAGGCGAUGCAGUAGUGCAAAAAUCUCUUCCACCAAAGCGUGCCGAGGAUUCCGACGAAAACGAACCCGAAGCAGAUCACGCGAGCGGCUGCGAAGGUGAGGCGCACCAACUCGGCCUGGCGGAGAGCGACGUCACGACGAUGGGGCGCGUGGAGGCCGCGGACUCUUCUUUUUUGGAAGCAAUCCAGCCCAACGAAGAGCCCGAGCCGUCCGGCCAGCAGUUACAACAAGGAAGCACGUUAUUCGGCGGGGACGACAGGAUGGGGCCUGGUGACCGGGCGCAACCGCUCAUCCCUGCGCCCAAUUUUCCCGAAAAUGAUAAGGCGCUGACGAUCAAGCAAAGCCCGGCGAUAAGCGUGCCGCAAGCGGAGUACAACUACCGCAGCGCGGCGCAGUUGGCCGGACAGGAGUCUGAGUUUUUGGAGCCCGUCGCCUGGGUACAGGACGCGAACGGAGUGCUCCACGUCACGCGCCAACCGCGAAUGCUCCACGGGAUGUGGAAAAUGAAGAUUCAGGACGGUAUGCGGCUGCAGGCGCCGCACCUGCUGCCGGGAUGGGAGUACCUGAACCCAGACAUUAUGCCCCCGCGGUACCUGGUGCAGCACGUCCCCACGCAGAGGAACGAGGGGUGCAUCGGCCCCCAGCCUUCGCUCGACGUUCUGGCGGCCAAGCGCGCGGAGGUGGAGAGGGGGCUCCAAACGCACGCGCAGAAGCUCAUCGAGUUCUCUCACCAGGGAGCCAUGCAAAUGCAAGCGAUGGAGAGUCGACAAGAGGGGGAAGAGCACGGGGGGACGGUGCUUACGUUCCGCGACACAGUUACUCAGGCGGAAAUGUUCCUGAUUGCACACGUGGACGCGUUCGGGCGCAUGGAGUGGCACCUCCAGGAGAAAGACACAAGACAACGCGGCAUUUUCAAGAAAGGUGGCGGAACAACAGUAGAGGGGAAGGUGGAGUUGGCUGCGCGUCUAGUCGCACAGGACAUGUAUCAUAUGCCCCCACAUUUGAACUUUCUCAGAGGACGAGAAGACGCUAUGGAAGCCGACCAGAGACAAUUCCAGGCGGGCGCAGCCAGUUUCCUGGAAGGCGGCUUCUACCCCGAGAGCUCGGCCCCGCGUGUGCUAGGGGGGGAUGGCGUGGGGACGCCGAGGUCCCCGAGCAGAGUGGCCGCGCUUCAAACGCAGCAGCUCCCCGCGUCCUCGCACGAAGCGGCACUUUCGUUUUUGGACACGCACAAGACCCGCGCCCAGCAGCAGCAGCAGCAGGACCUGCAGCAAGAACCAUGGGACGAUAUGAGUGAUGGAAUGGCAGGACCAGGAGUACCGACGGCCGAAUAUCCACAGCAGGACCUUGCAGCACCGCCGGUUCAGCGAUUUGAUGUGCAAACGCAGAUCCAGCGCGUGCGCGAGAGCGAGAAUUCUUUGUAUGCGACAGACGGGACGUUCCCCUUGGAUCCCUACAUUGACGUGCUCACCGGUGAGAUAGUGGACUUCCCGAACAUCCCGGAACCCUACCGCGGCAAGCGGUGCCCCGGGGACCGAGAGGUCCGGAAGAACUACUUUCCGCACAACGAACUCCGCCGCGCAUUGUUUCGUUCGAGACAUCCCACGGAGCAUUGGGCCAGGCCCUUCGUGCGCACGGUGAAAAUCAACCGAGAGGUGGACACCGAAGACGCCUGCGACCAGCACUACGAAGAGCUCGAGAAAGAAAGCUGCCAAGUCCCGGUGUGCAUCUUCAAAAACGAACAACAGAACAACCUGAUUGCUUCGUCCGGCGACGAGCACGGCUUCAUCGACGCGGAAGGGUACUGGAUAAGCUUCGGCGCCGGGACUCCCGCGGGCGGCUCGUCCGAUGCCGUGGCCCUGGAAUUCUCGACGGAGGAACGAGCGGGGCCGCCCCACCUUUUCCACGCGGUCGGCGACACAAACCUGUUCGUGCUCGAUGAGAUGGGCGACCGGCUCGAGGACGUGCGCGCCGCGCUCACAAGUGCGCUGGUGGACCGCUUUCACGCGAUCUUGCCUCACGGAGCGUUCAAAAUCAGCCAGCCAGACUUCGAAGAGAGGUACGCAGAGACCUACGAAGACUUCAAAGCCGGAUUCGCGUUCCGAACCGUCAUCGUCUGGUUAUGGCGUUCUCAAUUUUUACAUUCUCAACUGUUACAUGAAUUUGUGAUGCAAGGAUGGGAAAAGUCAAAGCGGGGCGGUUUCACCUGUGACAUUACAAAUUCGUCCACACAGUAGAUUUAGGUGCUGUGUAGCCUUUCCAGAAUUUUUUGCCACGUGAAGCAGCUUCACCUUGUGGAUGUUCAUGUUGAUGUUCGUUUUGCAUGAGAAAUUCAUGUACCAGUUCCGACUGUAACAGUUGCCAAACGCCAUACUGGUCCGGCCUGGGGGAGCUGAUGGAGAGAUUUGAUAACGGUGGUGGUACGGGACCGCUGGCAAAAUUCAACCCAACGUACACGGAGAAAAAGCAAGAGCAGCAGCUUGGUACGUUCAUCCUCUGCACGUGGGAAGACUUCCGAGCGAUUGCAGCACCGAACAUGCAGGAGUUUCUGGCGAAGCAUAUGGACGUGAGGUUCCUGGUCUUCGCGGAGUAUUCCCGGUUCAACCGCCAGACGCAGCGGAUGGACGAGUACGUUACGCAGGAUGGCUACCGUGGUUACGCUCUCGAGAAGGACCAGCGCGACCAGGUGUUUGUGUUUUUGCUGGACCACCAGAGGCUGACCGCCAACGAGCUGACGCUGGGCGGCGAGCGGCAACCUUUCAAUGCGGGCCUCUCGUUGUACGACCGCGCGAUAGAGUACGUGCAGUCUCAAUUGGACCAAGACCAACUUUCCACUCACAACCCCCAAGGGGCGGGCAGAGAGCAGAUGGGGGGAGCGCAGCCGAGCCAUCGGGCUGCUAUGAUGUACUUGCUCUAUCGUCUCUCGCCGGCGGUAUCGCGGCGCGACGUUGUGAUGGUUGCUGACGAGGAACCUGGAAACAUGAUGGACGACCUACACAUCUUCGCGGCAGUCGAGAUCCUGCGGGAGAAGGAUCCGGAUCCGUACAACGUACAGGUUGACCCGCCGCGGUCGCACUUCAUUUUUCCCGCGAGGUACGAAGAGCUGGGCUACAAGUUUCUUCCCGACAGCUUCCAGAUCCAUCAGCGACGCCGCGAGGAGCUGGAGGAGGUGGCAGGAAAGCGGACGGUGAUGGACUUGGAAGAAAUGGUGCUCCGGCACCAGGAUGCACGCGUGCGGAACAGGGAGCUCGACUUCGCAGGGGACCAAUCGUUUCUGCAGAGCCAGCAACCGGACGCAACCUAUUUCGAGGACGGCGAGGGCGCCGGCGGGGCAGAUGUUGCGCCAAACGCGGACGCACUGCUACCGCCGCUGCAAGAUCCACUCAUGUUCUACGCCGAGUUGGUGGACGAGCUGGUUGCCGGCGAGCGGCGGGCCGUGGAAAACUGGAACGCGGCCGUGCAAAAUGGCGGGAACGAGUCGCCACCCAUACCCUUUCCGCUGGCGCGAUACCAGAAGCCAAAUUAUGGUGAUGAGAACGAUGCGUGGACGGGAGACGACGGAUCCUACUGCACCCCAACGCAAAUCAUGCACGCUCUCUUUGUGGUCAUCUACGUUCCGCAUCACUCGCUGGCUCGCGCACUCGGCUUGGGGGACGCCGCGGGUGCGUGGGACAUCAUGGAGGGGAUUCUCGCCACGUUUGUCUUCGGAGAGGCCAGGCAGCGCUGGAACUUCUGGGGUCGGGCGCCCCACCUCCCUGACCGAGCGUCGCAGGAACGGCUGCCAAUCGCACCACCACCCGGUGGCGCCGCCGGAGGAAUGGUACUGGGGGCGGGAGGUACACAUUACUACGAGUACGAGAUGCCUGGUUCCCGUUACUCUUGGGGGUGGUACCCGUCCGGUGCCGACAUGCUCCCGCACGGCUUGCCUCUUCUGGUACGACGACGCGGUCCAGGGAGUCGGUACCACCCUUAUCGCAACCGGCACGGACCCCAGCACCUCCGGAACGACCACGACCCCUACAGCCAUCCGCACGACCCCUACAGCGACCGGAAUCCGGUCGACUACGGGAUCGGCAUCCUUGUGCAGCGCGUUCCCGCCAUCCCCAUCGAUAGGUCGAGGGGACUACCGAUUGGGCGAGACGGUAAACCCAUCACUUUGGGGGGCCUGAAUUUGGGUGCUGGCGCCUUUGGAGCGGGCGCGCUCGGGGCGGGAGCUGCCGGCGCGGGUGCCCUUGCUGCAGGCGGCGACGAGGCCCGCGGACCGGGGGGCUGGGGCCCCGGAAUGGCAGGUGGACAUCCUGGGAACCACGGAGCGGGAGGCCUCAUGUCCAGCCAAGGCAUUGCCGGUUCCGGGGCGGGCUCGCGGGCGGUUGGCAGUCCACUGCGGGGGAACGGGCGCCCCGAGGGUGCAGCAGGGGCGGGGCAGUUCUACGAAGGUGCCGAUGGACAGUACGGCGGCUAUGGUCCCAACCAACUGUACGGUCCGGGUGGAGGCUACGAGUUAGCCGGGUCGCUCGAAGAGGACGCGAAGACGGCGCAAGCGGUCGGAACGGAAGAUACCACCGUCGAUCCUGGACGGUACGCGGUGUAUUACCCUCAGAGCGGAGACUACCCAAGAAAAAACUUAUUGUGAGAGUCGAGGUUCUUUUUGGUGAAAAUGGAACUCGAGCAUGUAUUUAGACUGAAUUUUCAAGAUUUGUAUAGCGUUUGGUACAGUAUGUAAACUCCAAUCAUCGUUCUUUGCCUCUGACGGACAUUAUCAUGUCCGGGUGCAAUGCGGAGCACUUCGUUUGGAGGCAUCGUAUCGUUUUGCAUGUUUUCGUGAGUAGAAGUAUUAAAGUGUUGUUUUUGUCAUCUGACCGAGGCUUCCGCUUCUCAGAACCAGAACAGAACUCCGACACUUGCGGUUUUUUCUUGGAUAGAAAAAUGGAAUUCCUAUCCCCUGAUCAGCUCGAGUCGCGGGCAGUGUCGGGUAACGCACCACUGGAUGCAAUGGCGCUGCGGAACCACUUCCCGCACCAGACGUGGAGCGACCAGGGCGGCUCCGGCUACUUUCCAGCGCCGACACCCUCGGGGUGGUGGGAUUUGUCGGCUCUGCUGAACGAUCCUUUUUUUCAGAUGCUGAUGGCGGAGCAAGGCUAUGUUUUGUGUCCCGACGGAAGGUCCUUUUGCCCGGGUACCGACGACGAAAUAUUGAACGCUUUGGACCGGAAUUCCCGCGGGCUCUUGCAGGAGCCCAUGAACCCCCUCGCCACUCCUCCUCUUCCGGUUGGUCCCAUUCUGCCCGUCUCUGAAAGUCCGCCAGUUGUGGUCCCUCUGUCCGGCGCCGACGGAUCGCACAAGAAGACUGAGGAGACAUCGGCCUGCAAGAAGGUAAGUACUUAUAAUGACUUUUUUCCCAUACGAGUACUGUUACCUGCUGCAAUACUACGCAUUUCUGCUUUUUCAGGCCGUGAAGACCGUGUCUUUUUUCAUUCAACGCUGCACGGAAUUCGUGCGAAAAAAUGGAGCCCGCUUGUUCAAGCACGAAGAUAAAUUAGAUAUGUUUCCACGAAGAUAAAUUCAACCUUCACUCUGAAACCACAGUGGUGCAUCAUAUUGCUGGUGGCAUUGGUGAUUUUGGUGAUGUGCUGCAUUUCGGUGCUGGCUUGCGCGGUGGGAGGCCCGGCGGAGGAGGAGGGCAACGCGGCGGCCGGCGACGCGAUGAUGCACUCGUUCGGCGCACUGCAGGUCGAGGAGCGGGCCGUGGCCUUCGCGGACGACGGUAUGAUGGACAGUUUGUUGGUGAGCGAGGAGGUCCUCGAGGAGGAGCCGUUGAGCGAGGAGGUCGGGGAAGAGCCGGCGGAUGAUGAUCAGCCAUUGGAGGAGACCCAGGAGGAGGAGCCGCCGCUGGAAGACGAGGAGGAGGAGAUUCUCACGGAGGAGCCCGCCGAAGAUGCCGAACCGCCCGACUUCGGCAUCCCCGACGUUCCCGAGGGCCCGCAGGGCGACGCAAUCUCCACGGAGAGCCCAAAAAGCAACCUGGACUCGGGCGCGCGACAGACAACCAGCAACAGUUACGACGCCAUGUUCGGCAGCCGGCGCGUUCCGGGCGGCCCGCUGGUGCACUACGACCACGUGGCCACGAAGGACGCGCACGCGGGUGCGGACGACGAUAGCGACCACCUGUUGGAGCACAACGCGCCCACGCUGCCCGACGAGGACAUCCACGACGACCUGUCGCGCAAGGUACGGUUGGAGACGUCCCCGCACUCGCUUACCACGAAGCUGGGCGGCUCCUCGUCGGACUCCUCGAACCCCGACGGCAAGGUGUCCUUCCGCGGAGCGGGGCGUCGGUCCAGGAUGGCCUCCGAGAAGUUGACCGCGCUGCGAGCGAAGGCGAUGGGGCGUGUGUCCGGGAAAGCCCCCGACUCGAAAAACGUGGACUCGACCUACCUCGGCCGCGACACGACCCAACCGAUCGACAUGCAGCGGGGCGUCGACCCUCGUGCCUUGACCUCGGGCAGGGCCGAGACGCCGGACCGAUUGUCCGGGACUCCUGGCGCGCCCCCCAGCAGCGGGAGGACGUCGUCCAAACCGGGCAGCAGCAGCGGCCCCAGCAGUGGGGAGCGGAAGUCGCGGAAAAAGUCCUCGGUGAUGUCGGGAGGACUCCGGCCGGGUGGGGAUCCUAUCGCGGUCAAUUCCAACGCUUUCGCGGGCAUGGGAAGCGAGAGCGUAAAGUUCCGGGUGUUGGAAGGCAAAGCCCCAUCGCAGGUGUCGCGGCGGUCGGUGGGUGGCGACAAGAAGAGGAGCACCUCCGGGGACGGGAGGGAGUCGAGCAAGCUUGCGAAGUCCAGGAGGAAGUCGAGCAUGAUGUCGGGGGGAGUGAAACAAAAGGGGGCGUCAAUCCAUUCCAGCGCCUUCCGGUUCCAGGGGGACGACGCCGUGCAGUUCAAGGUACUGGAGCGCGACGCGGUGUGGCCUUUGAACAUUCAGAACGUGGACGGGGGAGCGGGACCCAAACACGCGACGCCUGAAAACCUACCGCAAUGGGCGGAAAAAACCGGAACGGGCCAGAUCGCGGAGCUCAGAUCCUCUAGAGAAGUCAGCGGCACCCAUCAGCCCAGCGGAUACAACUUCCAGCCGGAAGUAACGACGAAAAAUCCGGUCAGCGGACGCAGUACCAUUCAGAGCGGCCGCCCGAGUGCCGCAAGGAAAAGCAGUGCGCAGAUGGAAUCCACCUUCUUGGCAGGCAGCGGGACGCAGCCCGUCGACAUGCAGAAAGGCGUCGACCCGAGGGCGCUCACUUCCGGCAAGGCCGAGCACGCGUCGCCACUACACCGGCCGCGCACCGCCAGGACCCCGAGCCCCCGGACCUCGGGCGCGCAAGCAAGUCAGCAAGGAUCGAAUGCGCGAUUCAGCAGCCCGAACUCUUCAACGUUCCUCGGCCGCACGACGACCGAGCCCGCCGGCGACCGCACCUCGGGGCAGGCGGAACACGCGUCGCCGUUGCACCGGCCCCGUGCGGGCGUCGCCCAGAAGAAGAAAAAGAGCGUCGUGGACCAAGAUCCAUCACCACCGCCACGGACUUCCAGCGGGGAGAUUCCAGCGGGUGCCCAAGAGUCGACCUUCCUUGGACGGGGCACGACACAGCCUGUCGACAUGAGGAAGGGGGCUGACCCCCGGGCGCUGACGUCCGGAAGAAUGGAGCACGCCUCGCACUUGAGCAUGCUUCGCCCCGGCGGAGUUGCCCACGGGCACCACGCACACGAGGCGGAUCGCCGGAACUCGAGUCAGGGCACUCCGGAUCCCCGGCUUUCGAGCCAGGAGAUGUCCAUCAACCCUAAAGCCAUGAAACUGUCGAGAGAGGGAUCAUCAUCCUCGAGCAGCUCCGACGAAAGCUCUCCGAAUCAGUCGACAUUCCUCGGUGGAGGUACGACGACGCCCGUCGACAUGGACAAGGGAGUCGACCCCCGGGCGUUGACGUCCGGUGCGGUAGAGCACGCAGAUAAGCUACGUGGCCCGCGGGUUGGCAAGAAGACCGCUAGGCAGGUCCACGGCAAGAAGUCUGCCGGCGAUGCCGCUCAGGCCACCGGAGCGGGAGCUGCAGCAGCCACUGGAAGGUCAGGCGGAGCACCGGGCGCCGGGGCGGGGGCAGCAUCUCCUGCGGGGUCCCCGAUCGGGGCCGGAAAUGCCGCAUCCACGGGGCGGUCCGGCGGAGCACCGGGAGCCGCGUCAUCGGCUGGCGCACGGACCGGUACCGGAACUGCAGCAGCCAUUGGGCGGUCCGGCGGAGCGCCGGGAACUGGUCCCGGGGCAGCGUCGAACUAUCUCGGCGGAGAACCAUUCGGGGCGACCGGCGGAGCACCGGGGACGGGUACGGGAGCAGGGCCUGGUGGGGCACGGACCGGUACCGGAACUGCAGCAUCCAUUGGGCGGUCCGGCGGAGCGCCGGGCACUGGUCCCGGGACAGCGUCGAACUAUCUUGGCGGAGAACCUCCAUUCGGGGCGACCGGCGGAGCACCGGGGACGGGGACUGGAGCAGCCCCGGGUGGGGCGCCGACCGGGGCCGGAGCUGCAGCAUUCACGGGGAGGUACGGCGGAGCUUCGGACGGUGGUCCAGGGGCACCGUCAGCACUGUACCGCUCACGGGGCGGAACCGCAACGAGCGCGGCCGGAAAUGCACCAUUCGCUGGUCGGUCCGGCGGAGCACCGGGCGCGGGUCCCGGCGGAGCGUCGAACUACCUAGGCGGAGACCCUCUUCGGGGAGGUGUCGGCGGAGCACCGGGAACUGGUCCGGGGGCCGCACCACCAACCGGGGCAGCGUCGACUUAUCUGGGCGGCGCCGGCGUAGAAUCGAUGGACAUGAGGCAGUUUCUGGGUGGUGCACCUCCGGGUGGUGCAGCAGCGUCGAGUUAUCUUGGCGGCCGAGCACCCACCGGAGGGGCCAGCGGAGCACCGGGGACUGGUCCGGGGGCAGCAGCACCUAUUGGGGCACCGACCGGGGCCGGAAAUGCACCACUCGCUGGGCGGUCCGGCGGAGCCCCGAAUCCCGGUGGAGCGUCGAGCUCUCUAGGCGGAGACCCUCGCGGGGGUGCCGGCGGUGGAGCACCGGGGACUGGUCCACCGGGGGCAACGCCACCAACGGGAGCAUCGUCGGGAUUCCGGGGCCGAGAUCCCAGUGCCGUGACCGAGAAUGUUCAUGUCUAUGCCGGACGUCCGGGUGA